AUGUCCCACGUUGUAGUAGGACUAGCAGAAGCUGCAGAUCUACCAUCAAUCGGUACUAUACACGCUCGCGCCUUUCAUCCGACAAGAGAAUGGCACCGCAGGAUCUUUCCCGAAUCCAUCGCGCCAUGGUGGGAAAAGAGAUACAGCAUGGAAAUUGCAGAUUCCAACUGCUAUGUUCUCAAGAUCUCAUCGUCAGACUCUGCAACUCCAACUCCAGCUCCAGUUCUAGGCCUACUCUCCCUCCGCAAAUACGACGCCAACGAAAAAGGAGCCGGGCGAUGGGCCUCUUAUCCCCCACCACCAGAAGUUGACAAAGAAUCCUACGAUGCCAUGCUCAAAUCGAUGAUCGAGUAUCGCGAGAGAUUCAUGCUUGGACGGGUCCAUCUUUGUAUUGAUCUUUUUGGGGUCGAUCAUGAGUACCAGGGCCGUGGAAUGGGGAAAAUGCUCCUGGCGAAGGCGUGCGAAAUCGCGGAUCGAGAGAAGCUGGAUGUUUUUGUUGAGGCUAAUGAGUUUGCGGAAUCCUUUUAUCAUGAUUUUGGGUUUGAGACGGAAGGGAGGAUUGAGAUGCCUCUUGAUGGUGUGACGCAGUGCUUUCUUGUGAGGAAAUCCAGGUGA